AUGCCAACAUCGAGCAGGAACACUAAGAAGGCAUGCACAAUUGGCAGUCUUCCUUCAGUACGUAAAAUCCCCUCAAGCACCCAAGCAAUACCUUCCACAGAAGCGAGAGAAGUUCCAUAUCCAACAAGUUCCAUGCCUUUGGGCUUACUUUCUUUGGGGCUCAAAUUGAAUUUAACGAAUGAGAUUGGGCAAAGGGCGAAAGAACAGUCUGGUCGGCCUCUCACAAGGACUAGCAUUACAUUCCUUCUGACUGCGAAAGUCUUGGCAUCCAUGUGCCGCACACAUCCAACGUCACGAAAGGUCAUAUUGUCUCGGGAUUUUCGAGGAAGAUACAUUACCAUAAGCUACCUAGCGGGAUUCCAUACUGCUCGCUUAGAAGAUAAUACUUGA